AUGGAAAGCGUCAAAAGAAAUGAAAAUCAAAAUGAACACACUCAACGUGAAGAAAAGAAUAAAUUAACCGCCUUCGAACAUAAUGACGUAGUAUUCUUCAAGCACAAGGAGAAAAACAAAAUAGGAAUUGGGAGAGUAGUCAACUUUUACACAGAACUCAAAAUUAAUGAUAUCCUUUUAGUCUCCGAUCAUAAUGUAACCCUGGCCAAUUACACCAAAAUAUUGAACAAUAUAAAUGAUGGAAAGUAUCUUCAAAGUUACAUUGCAAAUUUGGGAAGCGAAAAUGGAGCCAGCACCCCCUACCAAGCUUCUAACUCCAAUGCAAGCGAAAAAAGCAAUUGUAAGCUUUACGAAAAGGAGCAAAAACAGGACUAUAAACAUACCAAUGUGAAGGAAAAAAAUGAAGAAAAAGAAAUGCACGCCAACACAAAAACGGGAAACAAUAACAACAGCGCCAACAACCCUGAGUUCAAGUGCGAAAUGAAAAAAAGACGCAGGAGAAAAAAAACGCACACAAAGGAUACGGCCCUUAUACACAGUAACAGCAUAAGCAACUGCGUAAUGCGUAAAAAUGAUGAAAAAAGAAAAGCCAGUAAAUUAUUCUACAUAGUCCAAUCGUUAGAAAAUUAUAAAUACAUUUUACAGUACAAAAAAGCCUUCAAACAUUACAAACUAUUUACGCAUAAGAAGUGGGAAGUUAUAAAAACGCUCUUCUGCAAAAACAUACAGAAUCAAGUCAGCUUCGUUCUCGCCGUGAAAUUAUUGGAAGUUAAAAAGCUCUAUGCGAAUAAUGUAAAUUUACAAAAUGUUAUGAUAAAUAAUUUGAUGAAAAUUUAUAAAAGCGAAAAAGAUCUCCAUGUAGAUCACCUUGUCCUAAAUUUUAUUAAAAAAUUAGACGUCCGAAUUAUAUUGCAGAAUAAUGUCCUCAUAACUAAUGAUGACUUUAAUGAAAUUCUGUCUAGGAACAAAAAGGAGAAAGAAGAGGAUAGCAAACGGAAGAUGCUCCACUCGAACAAGGUUGAUGGCCAUCUGGAUGAAGCAAAUGCCACCACACAGGGGGAAAUAUCACAUUUGUUGGGUUCCCACAGAGGAAGUUGCGGGAGCGGCAAAGUGGGAAGCGACUACGACAACGGGAUAAGCACAUCCCAUCAGGGGGGUCAUGUGGAUGGCCAGCAGAACGAUAUGCCCCACGCAAGUAAUGUAGACCAUUUCGGCAAGUGCCCCGUCGAUUGGGGGAUGGAGCAGCCAGCCGACUUGGGGACCAAGCAGCCCAUUGACAUUGGCACGAAGGGGCUCUUUGACUUCGGCACGAAGCAGCCCUUUGACUUUGGUACGAAGCAACCCUUUGAUUUUGGUACGAAGCAACCCUUUGACUUCGGAACCAAGCAACCCCUUAACUUCGGGAAGAAGCAACCCCCCAAGUACGCGGCGAAGUAUCUCAUUGACUACGGGACGAAGCAACCGACUGAUUCUCCCCUUGAAAGCGACGAACUAGAAGGCUCCCGAAAAAGGCGCAAAAAAACCAAAAUCAGCCUCCAAAAGUAUGCAAGGAAAAGAAAAGUAAUAGAAGGAGAAACGUAUCAAUACGAAUUGAAAGGAAAUCUACUAGCCAAGUUUAAGUCCCCACAAGGGGUUGCAUACAGAGGAUGCAUUAAAAGCAUUUGCAAAGGUAAAAAUAGCAUUCUCUCCUACUUCUUAAUAGUCCCCUCCUUCUUCUGGUUCAACGAUUCUUUCUACUUCUCCUGCCUAAACAUCGAUAUGGACAUUUUUCAACUUUUGGAAAUCAUCAAAAUUGUUGACAACUCAAAAAAGAAACAAAUAGAAAGCAUAUCUUUCGCCAAGUACAAAAGUUUGAGGAAAAUUUACGACUAUAUGUAUAACCCUAACCCUAAUGCGGUUCACAGCUUGUUACGAAAGGGGGCGGCCACAGAGAAUGCGCCCGUGAAAGUCCGGGUGCGUGCCCCAAAGGGGGACAUAACGAAAAAGAGAAAAACGCGAAAAAAGCGUACACUACAAGUGAAGCUAGGCAAGAGAAAGAGAAAAGAACGGGUCGCAGACAAACCGUUGAAGGCUAGUGUCACCAAGGAAAGAACGCGAAGGAGAGUUAGGAAAAGGAAAAAGGGGCAAGAAGAAUCCCUAGAUGGUAAGGUUGGUAGAGGCUUAAAAAUUAAGAAGCGAAAAAAGGAGGUGGUACAACCAGAAGUGACCGAAAAAAAACGCAGGGGGAGAAAGAAGAAAGUAGUACCAAUUCAAGAGGAGAGAAACGGGGAAGAGGCGAAAGAAGUUAAGGGGGGGCGAAAGGUGGAAGAAGUCAAAAUGAAAAAGGAAAUGGAGGAGGAGGUGCCCCACGAAAAGGAAGAAGAAAUGCACCACGAAAAGGAAGAAGAAAUGCACCGCAAAAAGGAGGAGGCGCCCCGCGAAAACGAAACCAAAGCGCAGAACAACGAAGCAGAAACGAACCCCCUCUCCAAAGCGCCAAACGAACUGGGUGGUGAUGACCCCACCAAAGUGACACAGGAUUCAUUCACAAAAAGGUCCCUCUUCAACCUGAACAAGGAAAGAACAAACACGUAUCUUACCAAAUUCGCUCAUUUUUUUAAACUUUCGGAGAACAGCAAGCAGAAAUUGAAGCCGGAUGAUGAAGAGGGUAAAAAGGGAACUCCACCCCAAACGGUUGGAAGCGAAACUGCGCAGGAAAAUAACCACAUGAAGGACGAUAAAAAGGAGACAACAGUUAUAACGAACACGAAUGAGAACGAGCAGAGCAUAAACGUAGUAGCCAAGGCGAAUGAGGAGGAAGGCGUAAUCCUCAGAAAAGAAGAUCCAGGUGAAAAGGCUCCCAACGAAAAGGCCAACCAAGGAUGUGCGAAUGUGAAUGAAGUCACAGGGGAGGCAUAUGACCAAGUGGUAGACCCAGAUAAUACACUUAUUAGUAAAUUAAUUGCAAAUGGUAAAGAAGCAGAUGAACACAGCGUGCUGGAUCCCCCCUCCGUGGGUGAAGGAAGCGCAAACGAGAUACACAAACAUGUCAGCUGUCAACAAGAAAAUGUAGAUGAAAAUGGAGUGACCAUAAAUGACCAUACGGAACAGCUAAAUGACAAUGGUGGUAACACCCCUAGUGCAUUUGUUGAAGAAGCAGUUGUGAAGGAUAACCCUAAACAGCUAGAAGGCCAAGUGGAACCCUUAUAUCAAAAAAUGGCCCAAAUGGACAUUAAAAAUGAGGAAGAAAUUUUUAAAAAAGAAAAUUUUGGAGACCUUAAUGAGGAUAACGAUGAAAAACCUACAAAUUAUAAAAAUGGCAUUCUGGGCGAUAAAAGGGAUUCACUCACGGGUGACAGUAGAAGCGAUCAGAACGAAUCGACGACUAGCCAAAAUUCCUAUGAAAAGAAGGAAACAGCGAAUGGCUAUAAUGGUAGCGACCAGAAUGAGUCAACGACUAGCCAAAAUUCCUACGAAAAGAAGGAAGCAUUAAACGGCGAGAAUGCAUGCGACAGGAACGAAUUCACGGAUAGCCCAAAGUACGACGAAAAGAUGGAACAGGCGAUCGGAGCAGGAGCGAGCGAAGUGAACCAGUCUAUGAGCGGCACACUUAUGAGCUACGCGAACCAGCCGAUGAGCGGCACACUUAUGAGCUACGCGAACCAGCCGAUGAGCGGCACACUUAUGAGCUUCCCAAACGAGCCGAUGAGCGGCACACUUAUGAGCUUCCCAAACGAGCCGAUGAGCGGCACACUUAUGAACUUCCCAAACGGUCAGAUGAGCGGAGCAAUUAUGAGUUUCCCAAACGAUCCGAUAAACAGAACCAUAAUUAGUGAUGCAAACGAUCCGGUAAACGGAACCAUAAUUGGUGAGGCAAACCAUGUGGAUAACCGAUCGAACGCGCACCUCAGAAAGGUGAGCAACACGAACAAGCUCGUGAAAAAGGAACCGGAAGAAAACGAUCAUUAUAAUUUAACAGUGCACAUAGACCUCUCAAACAAAAAUGACACGCCCAGAGUGUAUAGCACCACGCAGGCCUACUGCAACAACUACUGUAAGAACAAACUCGCGGAGCACAUAAAAAAAUUCCUAGACGAUGAAAAAAUUAAAAAAAUUGAAACGCUGUACAAAUUUUGCAAAGAGGACAUAAACAUUCUACUAUACGUUUACGUCAUGCAUAUAUACGUGAGCAAACUGUGCAAAAACGUAAUUGUGAAAGUAUUAAAUCCAAAGUGCAAAAAUGUGAAAAAGAAAAAAUAUCCUGAUAACGACUUCAUUCUAACCCCCCUGAUAGGGUACUCGUACGCGAAUUAUUACUAUUUAAAAAUAAAUAAAAGGAAAAGAAAAACGAAAAUGAAAGGGAAAACGAAAAUGAAAACGAAAAUGGAAAAGAAGGCGGAAAAAAAAACGGAAAAAAAAACCAAAGCAAAAAUAAAAACGGAAAAAAAAACCAAAGCAAAAACAAAAACGGAAAAAAAAAUAGAUCAGAGAUUCAAACUAAUAAAGAAAACGUUGAUAACCAAGAAAAGGAAAAGGAAAAAAAAAAAAAAACGAGGACGAAAAAAAAAAUUAAUAGAACAAACCAAGACAGAAGUGAAAAGAAGGAGGAGGAGAAGAAGACGAACUCGCAAAAAAAAAAGUGACCUUCUCAGUGACACAUAUGUGAAACCAAAAAGGUCCAGAUCUAGGUUGAAAAAAAUCUCAAAAAUGAAAAACACGGAUGAUAAAACCUGUGGAAAAACGGAAAAUGUAAUAAAAUGUACCACCAAAUUUGUUAAUUUUUACCUAUGGGGUAUAUACAAUUGGAACUACAACAAAACGCUCCGCGUUUCUUUUAAUAACAUUUCGAAUAAAAAAAUUAGCAGCUUUGAUAUUUACAAUUUCUUUUUUUAUAAUUAUGACACCAUCUCCAACUUAAAUGAAAUAAACAAGGACCUAAGCACAUUAAUAGGCAUUUACAAAAACGUAAGAACUGUUUUGUAUCAAAAUUCGUCCAUUUAUGGAAAUUUAUUUUUAUUAAAACCGACGAACAGCAUGACCAGGACGCAUUCGGAUGAUGAGCUAAUAAAAUUCUGGCUAAAAACACUAAACGAGCUGCAUCAAAUCAGGGAGGGCUUUUGCAAAUUCUUUUGAAACGCUCUCUUAAACAUACGUAGUAGUAGGCAUUCGGGAGUAUACGAAUGC